AUGAGUGGCGACUCUCUGCUCCCGUAUCACACGGCCCGGAGCAGCACCUGGGUGGACCUGUUCCACACCACCGCGGGGAAGCUGCAGCGGCAACUGCACAAGGGAGAAUAUGACAUAUUCAAGUACGCAGCAAUAUUCGAGAGUGACUUUAUCCAGGUCACGAAGAGGGGAGACGCGAUUGACGUGCACAACUGGGGCGGCAUGGUGACCAUGGGCAUCACAUCCAGCAGCCCCGUCCUCCCACUCCCAGACAUCAUGCUGCUGGCCCGACGGGCCACCGGCUCUAAAAAGCACGCCGAGCGCAGCCAGGCCACCAAGGGGAAGAGCCACAAGGCUGCAAAGACCUUAGAGCUCACCAGGCUCCUUCCCUUGGACUUCGUGAGGAUCUCCACUCACAAUCGUGAGAAACAACAGCUGCGCGUGAAGCUGGCCACUGGCCGCUGCUUCUACCUGCAGCUGUGUCCCCCUCUGGACGCGCGGGAAGACCUCUUCGCCGAGUGGGAACAGCUCAUUGACCUCCUGCGACCACCAGUGGACAGUGAAAGCCACACCUAUGCCGUUCCCGUCUGGGACAUGACCUGCAUGCCUGUGUUCGAGGAGGAGCAGGACGGGAGGAGGCCGGCUGUGGAGGAUUUCCAAGGAAAGGGGGAUCGGGACCAGGUGAGCGCCAGCAGCUUCCACACGUGCCCUGAGGUGGCCGGGGCCACACCUGCAGCUUCUGCUGGGGGGCACGGAAUCCACCUGGACUCCCACAAGUCCGAUACCAUGCCCGAUGUGGCCCCUGCGAAAGCCAAGCCUACUACACGGCUUGACAAAGCGUCAGCAUCGCAGUCAACGACAAAGGUGGAGACAGCAGGGGUGGCAGGAGGCACCGCAGCGGGUGCUCUGAGCCCGGCAGUGAUCAAGUCUCCUGCCGCUCAAGAGCAGAGCACGGCCAGAGCAGCCACAGCCAGCGACGGGCCUGGAGGAAGCAAAACCACCCUAGCCACUGGGGACACUGCCAGAACAUCCCUGAGGAGCGGGAAAACGGCCUUGGCAGGUGCUGAGAACAAUUCACAGUAUGCUUCCAGCAUGUCCACCAGCCUCUCCGCAGGGGCCGGCAUGACUGUGGUGGGAGCAGAACCUACCAGCAAGACUGUCAAAGGAAGAGCCGACAGGGAGGAUGAGGGGACCCUCGUCUCAAGCUUGCCACAGGAAGGCAAAGCGAGCGAACAGGAUGGCAGCUCACAGAGAGUGUCCCAGGCCCGCAAGGGAAGAAGGGAGAGGAGGGAGCACUGGGGAGAGGACAGAGCUCUGACGAGCCCCUCGCUCUGCAGUCCCGUGGAAAGCCACCAGGAGGCAGCGGGGAGCAAGACCAUCCCCAAAGCAGCUGGCCCGUGCUCAGGCGGCCGCAGAGCCACUAGAGAUGACCAAAAGGCCAAAGGCCACGGCAGCCCGGGGGGCAGCGAGCAGGGCACUGCUCCCAAAGGCAUCAGCCGUGCUCCCAUCACCAGUGAGUCCAAGACCUCGCACAAAUCGGGCAGGAGCGUAUCUCCAGCGCGUUCAGGUCCCACCACCAAGAGACUCAACAGGAUCAGCUCUUUCUUCAGGAACAUGAGAGCCAGACUUACCAAAAAGACAGUGGCCUCAUCACGAAAUAAACAUGGGAGCACCCUGGCGAAGCCAGUGCAAGGGACCCGAAUGGAGGCCAUCCCAGAGACAGCAGAGAGUGGCCAGGGGCUGGAAAUCGCUGGUGUGACAUCAGAGACCAUGGAGCCAGUGACCGUUGAAGCCCAUCAAUAG